GUGUGAAGUAAAGAGGGAAGUGGGUAAAACACUGUUGUUGUUGCAUGCUUCGCCAUGUCUUAUUGGGGCAUGUGUGCCUAGACUUUUAGUAUCUUUAUGGCUUAAAAUAUGUCUUCAAGGAUGAAGAUACGCCCUUCGACAGAGAUCUGUGCCGAUUGUAGCGCGCCCGGACCAGAAUGGGCAUCUGUGAAUCGCGGCGUGUUUAUCUGCGACGAAUGCUGCAGUGUUCACCGCAGUUUGGGUCGUCAUAUUUCCCAAGUGAAGCAUCGGAGACAUUCUUCCUGGAGUCCAACUUUACUAGCGAUGGUUCGACAGCUUGUGACAAAUGGGGCAAACUCAAUUUGGGAACAUUCACUUUUGGAUCCAAAUCAGAUGAAGAGUGGAUUAAGGAAACCAAAUCAAAAAGAUCAUGUUCAUCCCACAAAGUCCACAUUCAUCAAAGCAAAAUAUCAGAGGCUUGCAUUUGUCCCUCGUCUUCCUUGCAAAGAUGACGAUACCAUUACUGUCUCAGACCUUAGCCAGCAACUUCAUUCAAGUGUAAGGACAGGAAAUUUAGAGACAUGUUUGAGACUUCUCUCACUAGGUGCUCGCCCAAAUUAUUUUCAUCCAGAUAGAGGUAAUACUCCGCUUCAUGUGGCAGCUAAUGCUGGGCAACCUUUACAAGUUGAACUCCUUAUUGUGCAUGGUGCUGAUCCCACAAAGCCAGACAUAAAUGGAAAGACGCCUGUGGAUUAUGCCAUGGAGGCUGGUUAUUCAAAUAUUGCACAUCGACUCAUAGAGGUUCAGUUUGAACUUACAGACAGACUCACAUAUUACUUAUGUGGCAGAAGACCUGAUCAUCAAAAUGGUGUUCACUACCUUAUACCAACCAUGGCAGACAGUCGCUUGGAUUUGUCAGAUGAUGCACAGAAGGCAAAAUUAAAGCUACAAGCAUUAAGUCAUCAUCUCUUUGAAGAACUGGCAUCUGAUGUGUAUGAUGAAGUAGACAGAAGGGAAUGUGAUGCAGUUUGGCUAGCAACACAGAAUCACAGCGCUCUUGUUAGUGAUACCACAACAGUACCAUUUCUUCCUGUUAAUCCUUCGUUCUCUUCAACAAGAAACCAGGGAAGACAGAAGUUAGCUUUGUUUAACGCCAAAGAAUUUGCAACAUUAAUUAUUGAUAUAUUGAAUGACGCAAGACGGAGAGAACAAGACUCCAAUCCUGACUUAACUCAAGGUUUUGUUGAAUCACACAUUUUCCCUAUUGAAGAAGAUGCCUAUGAUCACGAAUAUGAUGAAGUACCUUCAGACGAGGAGCCAGCGGAUAAGGAAUCCACACCGGAGAACCCCUCAACAAUGACUACUAAAGUGCAGAUCGAAAAGGGAACAACUACAAGCUUUUUGGCUGAUGACUCCGUUCCUGUGGAACGUUAUCUAGCGGUGGAAAGUGCUUUGGCAACGGCUAAUGCUCGUGUACAACAGCUUUUGCAAGUUAAUGCGAACCAGAGUCACGAAAUUCAGAACCUCCAAGCAAUGGUUCAUAAGUUGGAGGACGAAAACAAGAACUUGAAAAGUCAGUUAGGAAUACUAAAUGGCAGCGAUGACAAUGUGUUUGCGCCGCCAGCUUACCCAGACGCCAGCGACGAAGAGGAUCACGUGGACAUCGAAAACAUAGAACCGUAUGCUUCCCCAGGCUCCCUCUUAAACCGCACUACUCAGCAAACUCCCCUAGGGCAGCCUCAGGCUGGGGAAAUGACCAAAACUAAAAAAGUCAAUCCCUACGAUAAUGUAACUGAAUCGCCAGAUGACCCAGACGGAGAACGAAGAUAUCUCAAUAUUGAAGAGAUGAGGGAACACGAAAGAAUGAGUUCCUCGGACAGUCCCUUUGAUGAACAACUGGAUAGAGAGGCUGAGAAGUUGAUCCAUGCUGUAGAUGAUUUAGUUAACGAAGCCACGAAAGAUUCCAGACCGCAGCCAUCACAAGAGGAUGUUGUGCGGUGCACAGAACAGAUCACCAAAAAAAUUCAGGAACUGUUGCUAUCAGCGCAGGCUGGGAGACACAGUUGUUUUAUUCCCUGCUCGAGUAAUAUUUUCACGGCUGUUAACGACAUGGCUAGCUUAUUUCCAGAGGACCCAGACGUGGACAGUAUGCGUGUCUCGCUGCAGCUGAUGAAGAGCAGCGCUGCUAGGCUGCAGGUCGAAUGCAAGAGUGCUGUAUUGCCUGGUAACACGGUAGAUAUGGCAUUUCUCACCCAGCAGGUCAUACAGUGCGCUUACGAUAUUGCUAAAGCUGCCAAACAACUUGUCACGACGUUUUCAGUUGAUUAGAGGCUCUUAGUUCCAAGGAAAUGACAAUAAGAGAUUCCAAG